UUGUUUAAACAAAUGUCAUCGUAUGUAAACAUCGGUCAAAAUAUUUGUUUCGUAUCAUUCAUACUUUUUCAUUAGCUACCUCCUGAACCUGGCUGACCCUAAUUUUGAGUCAGCAAAUCAUACACAAGCUUUGUGCAUUCCAUGGACAGUCUGCACUUGCCGCCGAGCGAAGAUCCUUGCCGGUUGUGCUUGAAGAAGUGUGAGCAGACAUACGGCAUCUACAUAAACUCGCCGGAUGGAUUGCUCCGCGAGCUGCCGAGAAAGAUUCUCGAUUGCAUUGCGCUGGAAAUCAGCGAUGCCGAACCGCAGCUUUUCUCCCAGCUGGUGUGCAGCGAGUGUGUAUGCAAGCUGGACUACUUCCACGAGUUUCGCGAGAACUGUCGCAAGUGCCAGACGUUUUUUAGCGAAAUGUUAAUGUUUUGUCAAGCUGAAUCCGCUGUGGAGCAACAACAGUCACAGCAACAGCAACAGGAGGAUCAUCAUCAAAUUCUUCCGGAAAUUAACUUUGCCGGUAAUGAGUUUAUGCUCGAUGGAAACACCAAUAAGGAUUAUGAAUACAUUAUCCAAAGCUUGGAAAAGGAAGAUAUAUCUUUCAGUGCAAACGUGGAGGCGUUGAAGCUGAAAAAGGAACUAGAAAUCUCAAUUCAGCAAAAUCAACAGCAAGGGAAGUUUAUCCCGUUGACUGAACCGUCCGCCAGCGACACAGUGAUACCAAGCGAGGAGACUUGUUUCAAUAAUUUGGAGGCCAUUGUGGAAUCGAUCACUCAACAAAAUGCGAAUGACGGAUAUGUUAUAACCGAGGUCCCAACAGAAGAUGAUCUGGACUAUGAUGAUUUCGUAGGAAUCGAAACCGUCGAUGAUAAUAGAGAUGCUUCGAUUUCAGAAAUUCAAGUUCAAGAAAUUAUUGAAGAACAGAGAUGUCAACAUACGGCAGAAGUUAUUCCACAACCAAUUCCGUCGGAUGAAAAACUGCAGGAUUCUGAACUCGAGCCGGUGAAAAUAGAGAUCGAACCAGUGACGCAAGCACCUAACGAUCGAACCUGUGAUAUCUGUGGAAAAAUGUGUACCACUCGGACGAAACUAAAAAUUCAUCGCAACUCCCAUUUGAAAAUCACCCCGUUCAAGUGUCCGAUGGAGAAUUGUCUCAAAGCUUUCAAGUCGAAAAUUGGCCUCGACGAACACGUGGCCAAGCACACAGGAAACUAUCCAAUUUCCUGCGACAUCUGUGGAAAGGGUUUUCUGAACCAAAGCUAUUUGACGGCCCACCAGCGGACUCAUUCGCAGGAGAAAACCUUCCGGUGUAACAUUUGCAAACAAGCCACGUUCAAGACGAAGAAAUCUCUUAUCGAUCACAAGAAUCGCCACUUGGGGCUUAAACCAUUCGAGUGUGAACAGUGCGGAAGACAAUUCACGAACCGCUAUUUGCUGCAGCAGCAUGAACAAGUUGCGCACACCGGUGUGCGAUUUCCUUGCCCCGAUUGUGAUAAGAGUUUCACAUGCAAAAGCUAUCUGAAGGUCCACCAGCGGAUCCACAGCAACGAUCGGCCCUUCGUUUGUCAGAUUUGUCAGCGUGGACAUCUGACCCGCCGGGAUUUGGAAGUACACAUGACUGUUCACAGUGGGAAGAAGGAAUUCGUGUGUGAUGUUUGCGGGAAGGAUUUCGCGCGCCUGAAUGCAUUAUCGUUCCAUCGGAAAAUACACGACAAUCGAGAGCAUCGUGUGAAUGCGGAAGGUGCGUCUCAGGAGUCAUUCGAACGUCGUUGUUGUCAAGGAGGCGCCUCGAAUAAACACAGCUAGAAG